CAAAGAAACCUCGAAAUCGGGCGAAAAGUUCAUGGAAUUGUUUCAUCUUAUCUUAGUGAUGAUCUUGUUCUUUACAAUCGGCUUAUUACUAUGUAUUCUGUUUGUGGGUUUCCCUUGAAUUGUCGUUUGGUUUUUGAUGAAUUAAAGGUGAAGAACUUGUUUUUGUGGAAUGCAGUGAUUAGUGCUUAUACAAAGAAUGAACUUUUUGAUGAUUCUAUUUUAAUGUUCUGUGAAUUGGUUUCAAGCACUGAUUUGAAACCUGAUAAUUUUACUUUUCCUUGUGUUAUUAAAUCUUGUGCUUUGGGUUUUAGGAUUGGUCUUGGAGAGGCGAUUCAUGGGUUGGCGGCGAAAUCGGGGUUGGAUUCCGAUGUGUUUGUGGGCAAUGCAUUGAUUAUGAUGUAUGGUAAGUUUGGGUUAGUUGGAGAUGCAGUUAAGGUGUUCGAUAAUAUGUCCCAAAGAAAUUUGGUUUCGUGGAAUUCGUUGAUUCGUGUUUAUUCAGAAAUUGGGUUAUAUAAGGAGAGUAUUGUUGUCUUUGUGAGAAUGCUUCAAGAUGAGUGCGGUUUAGUACCUGAUGUUGCUACGUUGGUGACAGUAUUGCCGAGUUGUGCAAGGGAAGGGGAUAUUGAAAUGGGAAAGAUGCUUCAUGGUUUGGCUAUAAAACUGAGUCUCAUUCAUGAGGUUACUGUGAAUAAUGCCUUUGUUGACAUGUAUGCCAAGUGUGAGCUCUCAAAUGCCGCACAAACGCUUUUUGAGGAGAACAAACAUAAGAACACGGUUUCAUGGAAUUCAAUCAUCUGGAAUUUUUCUAGAAAUGAUGAUGCUUCAAAGGCACUUGAUCUCCUUAGGGAACUUCAUAUGGAAGGAGAUGAAGUUAGAGUCAACGAAGUCACUAUUUUGAAUGUGUUGCCAGCAUUGUCCCAAAAGUCGCAGAUAAUGAGCUUAAAGGAACUUCAUGGCUACUCAUUAAGACGCGAAUUUUUUGGAGAUGAGUUGGUGGCUAAUGCGUUCAUUGUGGCCUAUGCAAAAUGUGAGUCUUUAAGUUCUGCUGAGUUUGUCUUUCAUGAAAUAGAGACCAAGAUGUUGAACUCUUGGAAUGCAGUUAUUGAUGGUAAUGCACAAUAUGGAGAUCCGAGAAAGGCUCUAGACUUUUACCUUGAAAUGAGAUCUUCAGGCUUACAUCCUGAUCGGUUUAGCUUAACAAGCCUCCUUUUAGCCUGUUCCAAACUUCGUCUUUUGCCAUCUGGCAAAGAAAUCCAUGGCUUUGUGCUUCGAAAUGGAAUAGAUACUGAUCCGUUUAUAAGUGUAUCACUGCUUUCUUUUUACUUCCGGUGUAAUAAACCACAAUUUUCUAGGGCUUUAUUUGAUGGAAUGAUAAAUAAAAUUCCCGUUUCCUGGAAUGCAAUGAUUUCUGGAUAUGAACAGUCUGGAUGCCCAGAGCAAGCUCUUGACACAUUUCAUCACAUGCUUAAACAAGGAAUUAGGCCCAAUGCAAUUGCAGUAACAAGUCUUCUUGGGGCAUGCUCACAGCUCUCUUGCUUGAGGCUGGCAAAGGAAAUACACUGUUUUACCUUGAAGGGCAAUCUGACAGAAGAUGUGUUUGUUAACUGUUCCAUCAUAGAUAUGUAUGCUAAAUGUGGAUGCAUAGAAUUCUCUCAGAGGUUCUUUGAUAGCAUGACUAAGAAAAUUUCAGCAUCGUGGACAGCCAUGAUUUCAGGAUAUGCAGUUCAUGGACAUGGAAAGGAGGCAUUGCUGCUAUUUGAACAGAUGCGAAUACAGGGAUUCAUGCCUGAUCAUUUUACGUUUGUCAGUAUCCUUAUGGCAUGCAGCCAUGCUGGGCUUAUUGAAGAAGGUCUGGAAUAUUUCUAUGAAAUGCAUAGUUUAGAUGGGUUAAUUCCCAGAUUAGAGCAUUACACUUGUGUGGUGGACAUGCUAGCACGUGCUGGCAAACUGUAUGAUGCAAUGGAGCUUAUGAAAAAUAUGCCCAUGGAAGCUGAUGCUAAAAUUUGGACUUCUUUGAUUAGUUCUUGUAGAAUUCAUGGCAAUAUGGUUUUAGGAAGAAUAGCAGCUGAGAAACUGCUACAACUUGAUCCAAAUAGGGUAGAGAACUAUGUUUUAGUAUCAAAUUUACUAGCACAAUCAGGCAAGUGGGAUGAUGUGAGAAGUGUGAGAGCGAAAAUGAAAGAGAAAAGACUUCAGAAAGAUGCUGGCUGUAGUUGGGUAGAAAUUGGAGGGAAGAUUUAUAAUUUCGUCGUUGGUCAUCACAUGCUUUCUAAAUCAGAAGGGAUUCAAAAAUUUUGGACUGAAUUAGAGGUGAAGAUCAGAAAAAUUGGUUACAUUCCUGAUACUAGUUCAGUGCUUCAUGAUGUGGGACAAGAAGAGAAAUUACAAAUUCUAAGGGGACAUAGUGAGAAGCUUGCAGUCUCCUUUGGCUUGUUAAAAACUGCAGAUGGUAUGACAGUGAGAAUUUGCAAGAAUCUGCGUAUAUGUUGCGAUUGCCAUAAUGCGAUUAAACUGGUAUCCAAGGUUGUUAACAGGGAGAUAGUUGUGAGAGAUAACAAGCGGUUUCACCAUUUUAAGGAUGGGUGUUGUUCAUGUGGAGAUUAUUGGUAAAAUACUCGUAUGCAAACCUUUCACAAUUGAAGCCAAAGACAUAUCUUUCCCUUGUGAGCAGGGUUGUAUUGAACUAAGACUCAGCUCAAUCUCAGGUUCUUCAGUGACUAGUUUGUGUUUGGCUACAUAAAGAGUCAUUAGAAAAAAUUCCCUUAUUCCAUGUGACAAGUGAGGGUAGCAAGCUACAUCUUUGAUGGAGAUCUUUAGACACCUUUACAAAAAGCAAAGCAAACACAGACAACAAACAGCUCUGAUUGUGAUGCUCUCAAAUAUUAUGAUUAAAUGGGAUACCAUUAAUUGUAAACCUGGUGUAUAUAGUAAAAUUAUGUACCAGGCAUGGUUGCAGAACAGCUAAUCGAGAAGGUACAUAGUGUAAGAGACUUGCAGUUGUGUUUGAUCAUAGGGAAGUUCAAUUUGGGGCUGCUGUAUGAAAAGAUUGAGUUCAACAAGUAGAUCAUAUCAAGGGAAAACUUUGCU